AUGAAAAUUAAUACGGAUGGGAGUUGGAACCCUAUUAGUGCUGGUUUUGGUGGAGUUGUGAGAAAUGAUAAGGGAAACUGUAUUAUGUUUUUUUCUCCUUCCUCUGCUACUUUGGCUUUGGAAGCUGAAGCUCAUGCAAUUUUGAUGGCUGUUACUAUUGCGGCGUCUUUGAAUUGGUAUAAUCUUGAGAUUGAGAUUGAUUCGAAGCUGCUCUUUGAUAUCUUAAAUUCUGUUAAGCAGGAGAUUUGGGAAAUUUCUUAUUAUAUAAAUUGUUUUAAAUGUUUCUCCUCUACUAUCUCUGUUACCUGGAAGUUUAUUCAUCGUAAAGGUAAUAGAGCGGCUAAUUGGGCUGCCCAGCUUGGGGCCACGACCUCUAAUGUCAUAGUUGGUACGACUCCACCCUCCUCUCUUAAAGUCCAAAUGAAUGGUGACUCUUUGAAUGCCCCUUAUGUUCGGAAUGUUGAUGGUUGA